CCGCCCAGUGCGCCGCGAGCCCGCUCGGCCGCCACCUGCUGCAGUUCCGAGUCCGCGCCGCGUCCAGACAUGGCUGGCAAAGCACACAGGCUCAGUGCUGAGGAGAGGGACCAGCUGCUGCCGAACCUGAGGGCUGUGGGGUGGAAUGAGCUGGAAGGCCGAGAUGCCAUCUUCAAGCAGUUCCAUUUCAAAGACUUCAACAGGGCUUUUGGCUUCAUGACGAGAGUGGCCCUGCAGGCUGAGAAACUGGACCACCACCCUGAAUGGUUUAACGUGUACAAUAAGGUCCACAUCACCCUGAGCACCCACGAGUGUGCAGGCCUGUCAGAACGGGACAUAAACCUGGCCAGCUUCAUCGAACAAGUAGCGGUGACCAUGACCUAGACCGGCCCUUUGGGUUCUUCAGGGGAAGGGGUGACUGAAUGGGAAUCCGGAGGGAAACUGGGGAGCACAAGGAACUUGUUGCAUUUAGCUGCCUCUGCUUAGGGGCGAGUCCUGGCUGCAGAGACGCCAGCAUCUCUGCCAAGACCAGGAAUUAGACCUUUGACCCCCACGCUGCUCUCUCCAUCCUUGGGGCUGUUACAUGUACACUAAUUUGAGUCAGAUCUUCCCUUUUAUAAUUUCCAAGCAGUGAUUUUCUUUCUGGCCAUAUCUUGAGCCUUUCCUGCUUCAUUUCUCAAGAAGCUGUGUAGAACUGUGUUCUAAGAUCGAUCGUCUCAUCUUAGAAACCAGGGCCCUAAAGUCAACCCCAUCUAGUAAUAACAGAAACAUGCUUUCAUGCCUCAAAUAAAAGUAUUGUUUCACUUGGC